CUGGUUUGAAUAUAACAUUGUGGACAUAUGAAUUAUACCAAAUGCGUUAAGUUUAAAGCUGAAUAAUGGAGAUAAAGGCUAAAAACGUUCUUUUGAAAAUAGUACUAUUGCUUUCCUUCGGAUGUUGUCUGUGCGGUGGUACCCAAUGCGAUUCCAACUGCAUUGACUGUGACACCAGUGAUUCCUCUGGAUCAUGUCGUAAAUGCCGAGACGGUUUCUAUCCAAUCCAGUUUAAUUGUCAACCUUGCACUUAUCCAAAUUGCAGAACGUGUUCUAAUCCAUCAUAUUGUGACUUAUGCAAAGACGGUUUUUGGGGUGAAACCUGUGAUGCAGAUUGUGCAGAAGGGUGUGUUGAUGGAAUAUGCAAUACUUCUAACGGUUUUUGUUCCUGUCUAACGAACUAUUACGGAACUAAAUGCGAUGGUCAAUGUUCAGACAAUUGCGUACCUUUCACUUGCUUUGGUGAUACUGGUAAUUGUGUAUGUAAACAAGGUUAUUUUGGGGCAUCAUGUCGCUCACAAUGUGGUAAGGAUUGCGCCGAUUGUAUAAAUGUCACUUCAUGUUCAUUGUGUGAAACAGGAACGUUCGGUGAUACGUGUCAAAUAUAUUGUCAAUGUGAUGGCAAUGCAUGUGAUAUUGUGACCGGAAUGUGUCUCCAUUGUGGAACAGACUGUUUGUCUUGCAAAAAUAACGUGUGCACUUCAUGUGUUACUGGAAAAUAUGGAAGUCGAUGUAAGCACACGUGCUCGUCUACUUGCUAUGAUGUGUGUGACAUUCAAGGGAGUUGUCAGUCGUGUGUGUCAGGGUAUUAUGGUCAUCAAUGUGAAUUUCAAUGCAACUGCACGUUCGGGUGCGAUCAACUUCAAGGCCACUGUUUGAAUGAAGCCUGUCCAAUCAACUGUAAUAUUACCUGUGAUGAUAAUUCUCAUACAUGUUACUCAUGUAAUCGUGGUUAUCACGGACCAUAUUGCAACUUAACGUGUCCUGGUAAAUGUGCUGAAUCACAUUGUUAUACAAAUGGCAGCUGUUUGUCCUGUGUAUCGGGAUAUUACGGUAACAGUUGCAACAUGGAAUGUCAACAGAACUGUGAAAAUAAUAGAUGUCGUCAGAAUGAUGGAUUGUGUAUGUUCUGCCCUGCAAACUGUGUAUCAUGUGAGUCCAACACCACUUGUUCGCUUUGCCAAGACUCUAAAUAUGGAGAAAUCUGCCAUUUUUCUUGCAACGAGGAAUGUACAGAUAAAAUGUGCAAUAUCAAAGGUGUAUGUUAUAAUUGUUCUUCGUUAUCUGCUUUUGGUAGUUACUGCAAUUUAACGUGUAAUCAUAAUUGUUUUUUGUCUACUUGUGAUAGAAAUACAGGUGCUUGUAGUAACUGUAAAAAUAACUCAGUGUUUGGAAUGUUUUGCAAUGAAACAUGUAGUCCGUAUUGUCUUAGAAACGAAUGUAACCGAGAGAGUGGCGUUUGUUUAAACCGAUGCAGUGAUGGCUACUUUGGAACUAAAUGUGAUCAGGAAUGUUCUCAAGGAUGCCGAAAUAAUUCAGGAACAAUAUGUGAUCCAGAAGGUACAUGUCUUGGAGGAUGCACUGAAGGAUACCUUAGCAAAAGAUGCAAAUCAGAAGGCCGUAACCAGCAAACUGAAGAAACUAACUCCGGUUCUGUGAUCGGUGGAGCGGUUGGUGGUGUGCUUGGCGUGUGUGUUGUCAUAGCGCUGGUGAUGGUUUUCCUGGUAUUGAAGAAAAAAGGGAUUAUCUGGAAGGAGAGCAAGAAGACGUAUGAGGAUAUGUCACCAGGAAGAAGCCAAGAUGAACCCUACACAACAUUGGCAGCUGCGAGCACGACCGAGUACGAAAUACCCGUUUCGGAGCCAAGGUCCGAGCUGACCAUCGAAGGUGAAGACAACAGGGUGUAUUACAAUGAUGAGAGGGCCUACUACAAGAAUAUCGGGGGAAAUGUUCAUAAAACAUGAACAUGUACACAAACAGAUAGAGCACAUGUGUUUAUAGUAUGUUUCCACCGGUGUAUAUGUUUACAACCGCUUACUUAUUGUAUCAGCGCUAUGUUUGGUUUAGAUUUAACUGCAUUACGAGGUAAUCCAUGUACACUGCACAAAUUAUAAAAAGUCAUUAAAAACAAAUUGUAGGUCUACACGAACGACUCGUUCCAACAUUUGUAUUAUAUACCUCAUGCUGUGACUUUUAAAGUUUUUCAUGCAAAGAUAGUCUCAUAGUCUCAUUCUUCUGUAAUGUGCAGAGUUAUGGGGACUGAAGUAUAUGCAAAGUAUUGAAGCUGUACAUGAUUAUGCUUGAACAAGAUAUCUGAUGGUUCCUCCUAGUGGUUGUAAUGAUGCAGUUUUAGCUGACUUAGUCAGAUACCCUAUUAAUAUCAUGUCUGCUAGUUUUAUAAAUACGAAGAAUGAUAGAUAUGUUAAAAAACGUUAAGAUAUAUGUUUUUACUAUGAUAAUAUUGGUUUUUG